ACUCACGACGCUUUUCCCCCUCCCUCCUCCUUUCUCCCCAAAGCUGUCGUGUCUGUCGAUGGGAAGCCGGUGAGACUGCAGCUCUGCGACACAGCUGGCCAGGAUGAAUUUGACAAGCUUCGUCCUCUGUGCUACACCAACACGGACAUCUUCUUGCUGUGCUUCAGCGUGGUGAGUCCUUCCUCCUUCCAGAACGUGAGCGAGAAGUGGGUUCCCGAAAUCCGAUGCCACUGCCCCAAAGCGCCCAUCAUCCUGGUUGGGACCCAGUCGGACCUCCGAGAGGAUGUCAAGGUUCUCAUCGAGCUGGACAAGUGCAAAGAAAAGCCGGUCUCAGAGGAGGCUGCGAAGCUCUGUGCCGAGGAAAUAAAAGCUGCGUCCUACAUUGAGUGCUCUGCUUUGACUCAGAAAAACCUCAAGGAGGUCUUUGAUGCGGCCAUUGUGGCUGGUAUUCAGUAUUCGGAUAGCCAGCAGCAACCAAAGAAAUCAAAGUGUAGGACUCCAGACAAGAUGAAAAACCUCUCCAAAUCCUGGUGGAAAAAAUACUGCUGUUUUGUAUAGGAGUUGCAAGGACACAAGUGCUGCUCUGGGGAAAUCAAAUAGAGGCUAUAUUAGCUGAAAUCUCAUUCUGUGUUGUCCUGAGUGUAUAGUGUAGAUCCGUAUGUAUGUGUAUAUGAUGCUACUGGAUAUCUCAGUUGCCCUUUUGAGGGUGGCAGAAGGAUUCUUAGAUAAAUAAUUACCAGAAAUCAGGUCUGGCCUCAAG